CGCACUGCUUCCAUUCCGCCGUCACCCCUCGACGCCGGCGGCGGCGACCCAACCGGCCAUGGCGAAGAGGAAGAAGGAGGCCAUGGAGCCCCGCGAUAAUGACGACCUCCCCCCACAUUCCCAUCCAUCCACCUCCACCCCCGAACGCAAACGCCGGAAACCGCGAGACCCCGCCCUGGACGCUGGCUCCGGCUCCGACUCCGACUCGUCGCCGCCGUCCACGCCGGACUCCGUGCGACGCCUGAUCGAGCCCUACUCGAAGCCCCGCCUCCUCGCUAUCCUCGCGGAGGCGGCCUCCUCGGACCCCGCGCUGCGCGCGCGCCUCCUCGCCGCCGCCGACGCGUCGCCCUCCCACCGCAGGCUCUUCGUCCACGGCCUUCCCCCGCACGCUGACGGAGCCGCGCUUGCGGAGGCGUUCUCCCGCUUCGGCCCGCUCGUCGACUGCCACGCCGUCGCGGACCGCGCCACCGGGCGCUGCAAAGGCUACGGCUUCGUGUCCUUCGCCUCCCGCGCCGCCGCCCUCCGCGCGCUCCGUUGCACCCCGCGAGUCAGCGUCUUCGGCCGCCCUGUCUCCGCGCAGUUCGCCUCCGCCGGCCCCGACCCAUCCGGCUUCGGGGGCGGCGCCACGGGGAGGCGGGUGUACGUGACCAACGUCGCGCCGGACGCCAGCGCGGAGCGGCUGCGCGCGUUCUUUGCGCGGUUCGGGGAGCUCGAGGGCGGGCCGUUCGGGUUCGACGCCGAGACCGGGAGGUCCCGCGGGUACGCGCUGUUUGUGUACCGCGAGGCGGGCGGUGCCGCGAAGGCGGUUGAGGAGCCGUACCGCGUGUUCGAGGGCCGCACGCUGCAAUGCCAGCUCGCCAACGACCCCGCGCGGAAGAGCAAGGCGCCCGCGCCGGCGGCCACGGCUUCAGCUGCUGUGACGCCGCCUCCGCCGGUGCCGGCAGUGGAGGCACCCGCGCUGCAGCCGGUGCUUGAUGCCAUCGUGGCCGGUGGCGUGCGAGACCUUACAAUGUACGCGCGGAACCCGGCACAGGCUGCGGCAUUGCUCGGGCAGAAUCCGAUCCUUGCAGCCGCAACAUUGACCUCUGCAUUAGCGUCUGCUGCGGCAGCUGCACGGAGUUCAGUAGCGUCUGGCAUUGCCCCCCGUUCGGCAGCUGCGCCUGCACCGACGCCAGUAACUGUGCCCUCACCAAGACCGGCAACGGCAACCGCAGCAGCAAUGGUACCAUCGCCGGUGAAGGUUGGUGUUAGACCAAGUUCCGGCGCAGGGUUGCUUGGGCCAUACAAGCCGCCGUCCUCGCCAGUGGUGUCAUCCUCAUCAGGGAGGAAGGGGACAAUGCUGGGCACCUGAUGGAUUUCCAGGAUACUCAUGAGAUGGGCCUAUGGACGCAGCGAAUCUUGGUCGCGCUCAGACUGGAGGGGCCUCUAGAAUGGUUCUCAAUGGCUUCUGUUUUUUGUAACCCUGGGACAUGGGUGCAAAUCUAGUUGUUGUGGUCCUCUCUCCAUUUCAUGGAAGUUGUGUUUCACUGUUUCAUAUCAUCCUGGUCAAUUAUUAGUAAGGAAAUUCUGCUUUCUUGUUUCUUAGCUUUUAGUACCUUCAUGAGUUCAAGUCUUACUUGUACCAUCCAUUUUAACAUACUCGCUUCUACGCACCUGAAUUGCUAACUGCUUACUACCUUUUCUCCCUUGCCAUUUCUUAUUUGAAUUCACCAUCCUGAACCAGCUUUGUUUGACCAUCUCCAUUCUUUCUGA